UGGUGGCUGAGUUCACGCCUCACGAAGUCGGUCGUACAAUGGUAACAGUAGAAGCAGACGGUCAACCAGUCAAAGGCAGUCCUUUCACAUGCAACGUUUACAAUGUUCAGAAUAUCAAGGUCACAGGACUUGGUCCUGCUAAGGUGGGCAAACCAGUAACGUUCAGUGUAGACGCGACCGAAGCGGGAGAAGGAACCCUGGAGCUUGUAAUUAGCACAGACCAGAGUACAGUGAAAGCAGAAGUUGUCGCCUGUUCCCGGGGUCUCUAUGACGUCACGUUUGUGCCUCAUCAGUUGACUCCUCAUUUCGUGUCCAUCUCGUUCAAUGAUGAGGAUCUGCCUGGAAGUCCGCUGCGUUGCGAAGUGAUGGAAUUGCCGGGUAAGAAGUCAACAGCCACCGCCCGAGGUGAAGGUCUCAACCAGGUUGUAUUGGGAGCAGUGGCUUAUUUCGAGAUCAAUCCACAUACUCCCGAACCUGGAUCUAUUGAUGCGCAAGUCAUAGGCCCAGACGGCUCCAUGGUACCAGUAACCAUAGACAAACUAGAGACGGGCCUGUUCCGUGCCAAAUACCGGCCAGCCUGUGUGGGGACCCAUAGCAUCACAGUGCUUCAGCGCAGGCAGCCAAUCACAAAACAGCCUUUCGCCGUACAGGUGUUCGAUCCACUACAGGUCAAGAUCACAGAUCUCAGCGAGGCUUUCUGUCAUAGGGCUGCCACUUUCAAGGUUGACACCCGUGGAGCAGGGUCAGGUGCUUUGUCGGUGAAUAUCAGAGCGGCUGGUAGCGAGGUCAAACACACCCUUAGAGAGCUAGAAACCCCCGGGCUCUAUCAAGUCGUCUAUCAUCCACAGGUGGCCAUACCUCACAGGAUACUAAUAAAAACAACAACAUGAGCAUAGCUGGCUGUCCAAUGGAAUACAGGUCACUGACCCCGGUGUGGGCCGAGAUGUCACCGCUACAGGGCUGG